AUGAGCUGGAACACCACAAUGAUGUGUGAUGUAAUGCCCACGAUCUCUGAAGAUGGAGUUGAGCAUGCCCAGAGGUUACCGAAUGGUGCUGAUAUUAGUGGAGAUCAAAAUCGUAUAGAACAGCUAAUGGUUAACAUGCUGGAUGAAAGAGACAAACUUCUAGAGCAGCUGCAAGAAGCACAAAGGCGUAUUGAAGAUUUGUCCCAGCAUUUGAAAGAAGCUGAAAGAGAUAAAGAGUCGUUGCGCAGACAGUUUGACUUGCAUACUCAGCAUCUUCCUGGCGAGCUACAGUCUGUCACUAAAGAAUUAGCACAGUUACGGGAACAACUCCUCGAGAAAGAUGAAGAAAUUGUAGAGUUAAAGGCUGAACGGAAUAAUACCCGUCUGUUGUUGGAACACCUUGAGUGUUUGGUUUCUCGUCAUGAGCGUUCUUUGCGAAUGACUGUGAUAAAACGACAAGCGCAGAGCCCUGCUGGGGUUUCUUCAGAAGUUGAAGUGUUGAAAGCGCUGAAAUCUCUGUUUGAACACCAUAAGGCGCUUGAUGAGAAAGUUCGGGAAAGGCUACGUGUUGCUAUGGAAAGAGUGGCAACUUUGGAAGAGGAACUUAACAUGAAAGGGGAUGAAAAUACUGCUUUGAAAGCCAAAAUUGCCAAAAUAACAGCUGAAGCAGAGGAGAAUGCACAACAAACUGGGAAGAUGAACGGUGACAGUAAAGUAACAAAUGGUGGUUAUGGUAGCGCAGAAUCGGCAGCAAGAUUAGUGGAACUACAGGAGACUUGCGACAGGCUAAAACAAGAUUUAACAAACAGUCUUAAUCGUUGCAAUGAACUUACUUCGAGGAAUAACGAACUUGAGGAGCAGUUAUCCAAUGCUCAAAAGGAAACUCGUCUGGGACAGGAGGAAGCUACAAAAUUGCAAAAUCAGUUGCAAGAGAUACAAGCGCAAAAAGAUGAUCAAGAAGCAAGAAUUACCACCUUAGAGAACAGGUGCUUGUCAGCUCAACGUGAAGCGACUUGCCUUCGUGACUUCAGUGAUAAACUGGAGCAUCAGUUGGCAAACAAAGACGCUGCAGUGAGACUUAAUGAGGAGAAAGUCCAUAGUCUUCAGGAGAGACUUGAGCUUGCCGAAAAACAGCUUGCUCAGAGCUUGAAGAAGGCAGAAUCACUCCCAUCUGUGGAAGCCGAGUUGCAACAGAGAAUGGAAGCUUUAUCUGUUGCUGAACAGAAGCAACUUUCUGCGGAAGAACAAGUUCAGCGACUGAAGAAGCAAAUUGAAGAGCGUUCAACAGAGCUGGAAAGAGCAGUACAAAGAGAAAAAAUGAAUGAAGAGCAUAAUCAGCGUUUGUCUUCUACUGUAGACAAGCUUCUGUCGGAGUCUAACGAUCGUUUGCAGCUGCACCUGAAAGAACGUAUGCAAGCGCUCGACGAGAAAAAUCGUUUAACACAACAACUUGAAAAUACCAAAAAGUUGUACGAUCAGGCAGAAAGAACGAAAGAUCGUUUAACUCGUGACAAUGAGAGUCUUCGUAGGGAAAUUGAAGUUUUACGCAAUCAGCUUUAUUCAGCUCGUACAGCUCAAUAUCAUACUAGGUUGCAUAGUUCCAAUGGUGCCAUUUUGGCAUCUGUGGGCGCUCCAUUAGGUAACGCUGGCUCGGUUCCGACACCACAGUCCUCGAGUUCCGCAAUUUACGGCUCCAUAGGAGUAAGGAGACCCCAUAAAGGGCGUGUGCAGGCUCUUCAAGAAGACCCUUCUAAAGUGCAAACACUGAAUGAGCAAGAAUGGGAUAGGUUGCAACAGGCACAUGUUCUAGCUAAUGUACAACAGGCUUUUUCCAGCUCACUUUCUACGGCAGAUGUUGCUGGCGCUACUUUAUAUAGUGGUAUGCAAGAGAACAACGCUCUUCCCUCUCAAGAUAUGCUGCUACCAUCGAGGUCAUUAAAUUCCCCACCAACGGACCCCCACGCUUUAGCCACUAUGUUGCAAGAAAGGUUAGAUACGAUAAAUUCUGAAAUUAGGCUCAUCCAAGAGGAGAAGACGCAUGCGGAGAGGGUUGCGGAGCAAUUGGAGAAUCGAGCUCGAGGUGUUGAUUUAGGUGCAAGUAACAACAGUGCUGGUCUUCUUUUUGGUCUUGAUGAUUCCCCAAAUGUAGGUAGCUUAUCAGCCCGUUCAAAUUCAAGAAGUUCUCCUCAACAUGACUACCUUGUUGCGAAGUACAACACUGUUAGUAAAUCUUUUUGUUCUUUAUCUUUUAUAACAAUGCAUUUGUUGCCCGCCAAUGCCUCCACUUCUUAUCACCAAGGCGACCCAUAUAAUCAGCAGUUUUUCCAGAAUCAUAUGGAAGACGAAUAUGGGCGUUACACUGCUGACGGGAUUUCGUCAGCAUCCUCAAUUGCUUCUUCACAGGAUCACUCUCCUGGUUUUCAAGGUGGAAAGCCGUAUAAAAAGAGGUCUACUAGUUCAAGUGGUUUAAAAAGCCUAGGUCGUUUGUUCAACAAAAAGGUUAAGAGGGGAAGCCAGUUUCGUGUUAGUGCUGAGCAAGGUAUUUUCAAUUCUUCGGCAUAUUCGGACAGUGAAGUUUCCUCUGGUGGUGAAGUUGGCAAUGUUAUUGGUAGCAGUAUGCCUAAGCCACUUGUCAAUGGUAUCUCUUCAUAUUCUCAAAAUGCUAGCUUUGAUCGACGUAAGAAGAAAAAGAGUGAAUUGCUUGAAGAGGCUAUGAAAGCACGAACUCCAUUUGCUUUGUGGAAUGGACCUACUGUAGUUGCGUGGCUUGAAUUAUGGGUGGGUAUGCCAGCUUGGUAUGUUGCUGCCUGUCGGGCGAACGUUAAAAGUGGGGCGAUUAUGAGUGCUUUGUCUGAUCAAGAGAUUCAAAGAGAAAUAGGCAUCAGCAACGCCUUACACCGUUUAAAGCUACGACUUGCUAUUCAGGAAAUGGUAUCUCUAACUUCCCCGUCUGCCCCUCGUAACACUCAGACUACUUUGGCUUUUGGCGACAUGAACCACGAGUGGAUCGGUAACGAAUGGCUUCCUUCAUUAGGCUUAGGUCAGUACAGAUCAGCUUUCAUGGAGUGUCUUCUUGACGCACGGAUGUUGGAGCAUCUAUCAAAAAGAGACUUGAGAACGCAUCUGAAAAUGGUGGACAGCUUUCAUAGGACUAGCUUACAGUAUGGUAUUAUUUGUUUGAGGAAACUUAAUUAUGAUAAGAAGUUGCUUCAGGAGCGUCGAAGGGCAUGCGAAUCGGCUAACCGAGAUGUAUUGGUUUGGUCAAACGAGCGGGUCGCUAGGUGGGUGGAAGAAAUUGGAUUAGGAACUUAUUCUGACCAUUUGCGUGAUUCCGGAGUACAUGGUGCGUUGAUUGCGCUUGAUGACACUUUCGACGCCCAAUCACUAGCACUUUCACUCCAGAUACCUCCUCAAGACACCCAUGCACGACAAACUCUACAGAAGCAUUUCGCUGCUUUAGUAAAGGAAUGUAGAGCGGGUGCUCCCGUCCAUUAUCCAAUGGUUAAUGCCGAAAGCAGUUAG